AUGUCAUCCACCGCUUCCAAAAGGGCCGGAUCAGCCGGCUCAUGGUCGUUCUCCCAGCCAGAGGACCAGAGCGAAAUCGCACCUGCUUACUACAAAACCUCACCUCCGCCGCACUGGUCUAAUGUAUCCAAGUCGUCGAGCACAGCUGCAACGCUCGACGUGUCUCGAAGAAAGUUCAAGUCUCCCUGGCCAUCUGCCUCCCCUCAUGGCAUCCUUGGCUUUCUCCGUGCUCGAUUGUUUGACUGGGACGAAGUGCCUCUGCCUCCCAAAAUCGCAUCUUCUGCGGGCAGCGCCAUCCUUCCUCCCGUCAACAAGCCAACAUGGACAGCAGUCAGCGCAGUUGGCCCGGAAGAGGAGAGCAUUACGUUCACUUGGCUCGGACAUGCCAUUUGCCAUCUUCAGAUUCCCAUCGGCAACGGCAAGAUAGUCACCAUCCUUUGCGAUCCCGUCCUCUCUCGACGCGUGUCUCCAGUGCAAUGGUUUGGCCCCGAGCGCUACACAGAUGCUCCUGUCACUGUAGAGGAGAUCGCUCAGGCUACCGAACAGGAAGGCAAGAAUGCCUGGCCGGACCUUCUCGUCCUCUCGCACAACCACUACGAUCACACCGACUACACGACCAUCCAGAAGCUCCUGAACCCUUCUUCCUCCGGUGUCAAGCGACCCCACGUGUUCUGCACGCUCGGCACAAAGCCAUGGUUCCAGUCAAACUUUGGCUUGACCGAUGCCGAGGUGACGGAAUGCGACUGGUGGCAGCAGAGCACGGUCUCGUUGGCUGACGAAGCGGUCCUCAAGCUCACCUGCGUUCCCGCACAACACUUCUCGGGUCGAGGUGCGUUUGAUCGCGAUCGCACGCUGUGGGCAGGCUGGACGUUCCACGCCAUCUCUGACGCUUCCAGCAAGGCAAGCGUUUACUUUGCCGGUGAUACAGGAUACCGUUCUGUGCCAAGGGGGAUGCCAAAGGAGAAGGAGGAUACACUUCCAACAUGUCCCGCGUUCAAGGAGAUUGGCGAAGCGCUCGGUCCAUUCGACGUAUCUCUGAUCCCUAUCGGAGCGUAUCUCCCACGAAACGUCAUGUCGACUAUCCAUCUUGCACCGCAAGACUCGGUCCUGGUGCAUCGCGAUGUCAAGAGCAGAAAAUCAUUCGGUAUCCACUGGGGAAGUUUCCGUUUGACUCCAGAAGACGUCAAUGAGCCGCCCAAGCUCCUGAUCGAGGAAGCGAAACGCCAAGGAAUCGAUCCGAACGAGUUUGCUACCAUCCAAAUCGGUGAGAGCGUUUCCAUCCCCGUCUCGAAGUCCACCAAACCCGUCGAUCAAGGGAAGGACGGCGAACCGCUGCCCGAAUCCAAACUCGGCACGAAGCAGCAUUGGGACUCAGUCUACGCGCGCGAAGUAUCCAACUUCAACGAGAUCGGCGAAGAAGGCGAAGUCUGGUUCGGAGAAGACGCGGUCAUGCGCAUGAUCCGUUUCGUCGAACAAUACUACAGCGAAACACUGGCCGACAAGUUUUCGACCGACUCAGCACCGACAAUUCUGGACCUGGGGACGGGAAACGGACACCUGCUGUUCGAGAUGCUCGAAUCCUCAGCCGAUCUCGAGGACAUCAUCAACGCCGAAAGAUUGGUCGGAAUCGACUACUCUCCUGCGUCGAUCGAGUUGGCUCGAUCCAUCGCGCAAAAAAGGGGCGGUGACUGCGAGCGCGUCAAGUUCACAACCGCCGACCUACUCGACUCCACCUCGGUAGACCAACUGUUCAGCAUGCCUCGCUCCCAGCUCGACGCAGAACAAGGCUGGGACAUGGUCUGCGACAAAGGCACGUUGGACGCAAUCGCCCUCUCCUCCCAACCCGUCAACGGUUCCCUCCCCAUCGACCUCUACUCCAACGCCGUCAACAAACUCGUCAAGACGGAUGGCAUCUUCCUGAUCACCUCUUGUAACUUCACCGAGCAGGAACUCAUAGCAAGGUUCACAUCAAGAGGCUUCGAGGUGGAACAAGUGCUUCCCACACCCUCGUUCACCUUCGGUGGUGCAAAAGGCUCGACGACCACUUCGAUCGCUUUCAGGAAAGUCUAA